AUGUCCAAUCCCCUAGACUACACCGCCGGCUGGAUAUGUGCCAUCAGCACAGAGUACGUUGCCGCGCAGGCCUUCCUUGACGAGAAGCAUGAUGGCCCAGAAUUCGUGUCCACCAAUGACAACAAUGACUACACGUUGGGAAGAGUUGGAAAACAUAAUGUAGUCAUCGCCGCUUGCCCCGAUGGAGAAUAUGGUACACAGUCCGCAGCAACUGUCGCAAGAGACAUGGUGCACAGCUUUCCUAAUGUGCGUAUUGGUCUAUUAAUCGGCAUCGCUGGCGGUGUACCAAGUCAGAAGAAUGAUAUACGCCUUGGUGACAUUGUGGUUAGUGCUCCUCGCGAUGGAAAAGGCGGAGUAUUUCAGUCCGACUUCGGCAAAGAGAGGCAGAAUCAGGAAUUUCAAACUACAGGACUCUUAAAUCAACCACCACCGAUUCUCCGAACAGUUGUCGCUGGCUUAAGGGCGCAAUAUGAGAGCGAUGGCCAUCGGCUUAAAGAAACUAUUGAUACCACGCUUGAGAAUAAACCAAGACUACGAAAGAAAUACCGGCGGACGGACCCGAAAACAGAUUAA